AAGAUGAACCGACGACCUAGCAGUCGAUAUUCUGAACUGCCAAUGCGUGUGGCCGAUAACAGAAUGAGUUUGGUCAACGCAACUCCACAGAGCAAGGACAACGUGUUUGGAAAGCUGAACAUCCCAAAGCCCCAGUCUGGCACGUCAGAGAGAAGAACCAGCUUCUUUGGAAAAGGGACUGGUGCAGGCAACCAGAGGAAUAGCAUGUUUGGAUCCUAUGGGGGUUCAGAAAAGCUGAAAGACCCUAGGCCUCUACAUGACAAAGCUUUUGUCCAGCAGUGUAUCAAGCAGCUCUGCGAGUUUCUGGCUGAACGAGAGUUUCCCGGCUCUAUCACAGUGAAGUCUCUACAGUCACCCUCAUCUAAGGAGUUUCUAAAGAUCUUUGAGUUCAUCUACAGUCUGCUUGACCCCACUUUCCAGUUACCAACCCUCAAAAUUGAAGAAGAGAUACCCAAGAUGUUUAGGGACCUGGGGUACCCAUUUGCACUCUCCAAAAGCUCCAUGUACUCCAUCGGGGCGCCCCAUACUUGGCCUCAGGCACUGGGGGCACUUAUCUGGCUCAUCGACACAGUAAAGCUCUUCAGCAGUGUGAGAGAAAAUGAUCUGCUCUUCUCUGACUUCUCAGACGGCAGCACUGAGAUAGAGGAGGGAGUAGAGUACAACAAGCUCCUCAUGGACUUCACGUGUGAUGCCUACAAUAAAUUCAUGCAGGGAGCUGACACCUUUGAGGAGGAGGAAGCAGAUUAUCUCUGUGCUCUGAAGAAGUUGUACAACGUGGAUGAGAACUUACUGGAGGCUCAGCAGGAGAGACACAGUAUGCUGAUGGAGGAAGUGGAAAGACUGGAGAAGGAGAGUCACACAGACCGGCUGAUGACUAGAAAGACAGAGAAGUUUAAGUUGCAGACUGACCUGCAGAAUCUACAAAACUAUCGCAGUAAAUUGGAGUCGUUCAGAACCAACCUGGAGAACAAGACUGCAGGACUGUCAGAGGAACUGGAGGCAGUGGAUUUGCAGGUGGAGAGUUUGAAACAGGAACAGGCCAGGCUACAGAACAUUUUGGAGAAUCAGAAGUUCACGCCGGCUGAUAUUGAGAGAAUUAAUCGGGAACGGAAUGAACUGCAGCAGACCGUGAACAGCCUGAGUCGCAGCCUUGAGGAGGCCCAGCAGCUUGCCUGGAAUGAGGAGAUCGCCCUGACAAAAGCUAAAGAAGGAGUUGAAUUGAAGCUGGCAGAGUAUCAUAAACUGGCCCGUAAACUCAAGCUAAUCCCACAGUCAGCAGAAAAUGCCUGUGGACAUGAUUUUGAAAUCAAAGGCAUCACACAGUUUGGCCCUGGAACUACCACCCACUACAAGACACAGAUCCAGAAUCCUCUCAAGCAAAUGUUGGCUGAUGUUGAGGAAGAUUUCAGCAGAUUGUCAAACAUGAAGUUAAGCUUGGAGGAGUCAGUGGAGCAGGUGAAAUCCAACAUAGCUGAUAAAACAAAUGACCUGAAACAGCUGAAGGACCAGAUCCGCAGACUGGAUGAACAGUUGGAACAUGACGUACAGGAGAUGGCUCAUGAGGAGGAGAAGUGGGCAGCAGAGAUGGAAUCUGCUGAGAACCACAAAAGACUACUGGAAAAGAAAGUCAUGGAUGGAUACGAGGAGGCUGAGGAGCAACUUAAAGCCGCUCAACAGCAGUACCAUCUUGUUCUUCAGGAAACCAAAGAGGAGAGCAGAACAGUGGCAAACAAUCUGACCAGUGUGUUGGGCUCAGCUGUCAAUCACUUAACAAUUAUUGAGAAAUACAUGGAUGACCAGCUGAAGAGACUUGACAAGGUGAAUAGUGAGGUCAUUCGGGAAGACCAGUCUGCCAUAAAACAGCUGAAGGAAAUUGUGGAAAACUUCAUCAGCAGAGCUAAUAGCUCCUAA